AAUACUAUUUAAGGAAUCAAAAUUUCUCUUUUUUUAAGGGAAAGCAAUAGGUGUUUUAGUACGUAAACGGCAAAGUGGUGGCGGAAGUCACCGAAGCAGAAGCAUCUUCUAUAUCCGUAUUUAAUGCCCAAAGCCUCCACCUGCGCCUCCGCAUCCGCCAUGGACGGUCUCCCUCCGCCGCCUCCGCCACCGUUUGUUAUCGUCGAUCCCCUGCCGCUAGCGGUUGAUCCGAACAACUUCCCACCGCCCGCCUCCUCCUCCUCUUCGAUAUCUUUGGGCUCGACGCUUCUCAUCAUCACAGCCAUCCUCGGCUUCAGUUUCGUCGUUUGCCUCUUCAUCCGCCUCGGCCUCCGCCUCCGACGCUCUUCCGCUCUGGUCGCCCCCGCUCCUGUCCUCUCUCGCACCGAUCCAUCCGAUUCCGCCCCCGAGGAGCUAACCAACAAGAACAACAACAACUCGGCGCCGAUCGUCUCCCACCUCUCUCUCCUGGAGCUCAGCUCCUCCCUCGCCGCGCACUCCAAAUCCUCUCCUGACUGUGCUGUCUGUCUCCACUCCUUCCUCCCUGACGAGCAUAUCCGCCGCCUUCCCACCUGCAGCCACGCCUUUCACGCGGAAUGCGUCGACACAUGGAUCCGGAACUCCCCGUCCUGCCCUCUCUGCCGCGCCCCUGUCGCAUCUCCGCCGCUUCCGCCACCUUCGACAGCUGCGCGUCACGUCAAAAUGACGACCACAGGAAGCCAAGGGGGAAGCUCAGUGCGAGGCGAAUCGAGGAACUUAUCUCUCCCCCCUCUUCUGGCUUCGCCACCCCGCCGCCGCUUCUACUCGACCGGAUCGUCUAUCGCUAACCUGAUGGAAGAGAAUGUGGAGGCGGCAAUGGAGCGAAUCUGGGAGCAAUCGGACUACGAAGCUUCGACCUCCGCCUACAGGGGGCCAUCUCCGCAGAGAAAUGAGAUCUGGGCGGCCAUGGACAGCGGAGGGAGGAGGGGGAGUCUGAUGGAUUCCAUGGACCUCUCGUCCCGGUCGCCAUCCUUCCGGUCUGCAGAGUCGUCAUUCCGGCACUCCAUCCCGUCGACCGACCAAGACCAAGAGGAAGCCUCCGGCGGCGAAGGGGGGCCAGAUUUCUCCCGGAAUUGGGAGGCGGAGGAGGACCUCCUCUCAACCGUGUACCAGUGGAUCAUAGGGGUAUAACAGUCAAUUCCAUACCAUCUUCGCUUAGAAGAUUCCUUGAACCGUUUCUCCCGUCUGCCUGUAAAGAAGAUGCCCACUUCUCCAAGUAAAUUACGACAAUGCCCUGCCCGAACUAUCUUUCUUAGUAAACAGGUUGGACGACUGCGAUCUGAGCAACUGAUACCCUUUACAGCUACAAUCUGAGCUACAUAUCUAGGCACCUUUGUUUUUCUUCUUAAUAUCGUUCAACGUGAUCUAUUCCAACUAAUUCACUCAGCUCACUAGAUCUGUUUCCAACCAUACAAUUCAUCUAUUGGAACUUGGAACACUAAAGAUACAAAUGUAAUUUCUUAUAUCACCCACUUCUAACCAACCUAGGAUAUUCUGUUAAGAUGACUAGUAUCAAUAUCAACAAAUUUAGUGACCAAAAAAUGCUAAAUUUCCUGAAAGAAUAUGUAUAUAAAGCAAAUGUAAGUGCUACCUUGUUCAUUUUUUUUUCAAUUUUCAUUUCAACUUGUAAGCUACUGAAUCUAUGACAAAUAAAAGAAAGGAGCAUGAUUCUAUUAAGAAAUCAUGAGAAAACCUCAGCAUUGUAUUUCUCUCAUAAAACAAGUUCACUGAGCUAAAUUGAUUAUGUCAAGUAGCAUCUUACCCCGGAAUAAACCACUCGGAGAAAACUCAUACAUCCAAUAGGCGGUAAGACUUAAUAAAGCAUCAUGAGUUUGGGAGAGA